AUGACUAUGAUCACAGGGAAUGAGGAGGAGCAAUUUGGGAUGCUUAGGAGCUAUUGUCAAGCACUUCUUGAUGCCAACUCAGGAUCCACAUGUGUUAUCAAGACUGAACAAUGUCAAGAUCAAUUCAAAUUUAGAGGAGUUUAUAUUUGUCUGGAUGCAUUGAGGAGGGGCUUUCUAGAAGGAUGUAGACGCUUUGUGGGGUUUGAUGGUUGUCAUUUGUCAUCAGGCUACAAAGGUAUACUUCUAGCAGCUAUGGGCAUAGAUGCUAACAAUCAGAUGUAUCCAUUUGCAUGGGCAGUGGUGGAACAAGAAACAUACAAGACAUGGCACUGGGACAAACCUAUCAUCACAAUGCUUGAAGCAAUAAGAGUGCAACUCAUGGGGAUGAUUCAUAAGCAAAGAGAUGGGAUGACUCCUUACGCUGGUGUGAUCUGUCCUAACAUCCAAAAAAUAUUGGAUCUUCAAAAAAAAUAUUCAGCAUCAUGGAUCCCUGCUUGGAAUGGGGAAGAUGAGUUUGAAUUGAGUGGGCCAUAUGGAGACAAGAGGGUCGUUAAUAUUAGACAUAAAACUUGUAGCUAUAGAAGAUGGGACAUUAGUGGAAUCCCUUGUUGUCAUGCCGUGGCGGCUCUUGUACACAUUAGGGAACAACCUGAAAAAUGGGUUCACACAUGCUUCGUUAAGGAAGAAAUUAUGCAAACUUAUAGCCAUGUUGUGCAUGCUGUAGAUUCCAAGGACACAUGGCCUGCUCGAGAGCCAUUACUCCCCCCCGAUGUGCCUAAGCAAGUUGGUCGAAAGAAGAAACAAAGAAUGAAGUCAGUGAAUGAAACAGUUGACAACAAUUUGAAGAGAAGGAAGAAGAAAAUUGUGCAAGAGCCUAUUGGAACGAAGUUGAAGAGACAAAAUACAACAAUUACUUGUGGAAAAUGUGGUAAAGAGAAGGAUGUAAGGAACCUCAGCAUGAAAGUGGUGGAACGUGAGCAAAUUUUUGAGAUGCAAGAGUAA